ACAGAUCUGUAUAUGAUGUGAAUCCAUGACUCACUCUAUCUGAAGGAUGAGUUCGGUGUACAAGUCUAUAGUUGUGCCUCCUGAGAAGGUGACCUCUAUCAACGAUGAGUUUGCCAAGAUGUUUGAAGGAGGUGGUGCUGUGAAGGACAAAGCAAAUGUUAGUGGCAUAGCGAGCAGUAGGCAUACAGCUCCUGCCUUCAAGUCCCCCGCCAGCCGCGUGGUGUACAAAGCCUCACCGGUGGCGAAACUUGUCGCAGCCAUGCGACAAAAAAAGACGUUCGAAGAGCUGGAACAAAUCAUGUCCCCAGGGUCCUCUUCCGCCAGGCAAGCCGUCAGGAAAGAUCGUACCAAUCCGCCGGCGCCCGAUUUACAGAACGGCUCGCUUCCGGUACAAGGGACGGGUGAGGACAAGGAAAACAUGAGCAGACCUACGUCUGAAGUUGACAAGAGUGCGAGUGAUGUACAGCAAAGCAGGAGCGAAGAGCCGCAGAAAGAGCCCUCGGUUGGUCUAGCGCCAAAGGACGCAGGCUCCAAGCCUACGGGAGGGAGGGAGAGACAGACCGCGGGGGCGCGCAAACAGAAGGUCAUGAACUGGCUGGAAUCCCACGACGAGGAGAUGUUGCUACAACAUGACCCUGACGACCUCAUCGUCUCUCCGCCCUCGACAGAACGAGCGCCGGACGUGGGCUUUUCCUCCCAGCUCGGUGAUGACACCACAGCGACAACCAACAAGUCUCAGGAAGAUGACAGUAUGGACGACAGAGAUAGUGACGAUGAUACCAUCAAGAUGAACGAGACAGAUGGUACCAUCGAGGAAGCUGAUGAGAAUGGGCAUCAAGGGUACAAGAGAACCAAGGACACUGACGUGGAAAUGAAUGCAGAGGGAAUGGAUGGAGAGAUAGUAGAAGAGAAGACUCUUGAUGAAGACAGAGAUGACAACAUGUCUGAAGAGGACAUGGAUGAGGAGGAGGAGCAGGAAAUGGACCAGCCUCCGAAUGAUCGACUUUCACAGAGUUCACAGAGUAUCGCCUGGGCUGAUAACAUAGACAAUGUGUCAGUCGAUACAACUGAUACUUCAAGGCAAGAGAAACCAGCUGCCCCCAACCCGAAGAAAGAUACUGCAGUGAAGCCGUUUAAGGAGCACAUUCUCUACGACUGGUUUAUUAAACCAAUGAGAAAGUCUACAGACAUCGUGGUUGAGGGCCAUCGCAAGCAAGACCCAGAGCACCAGUAUUGGCACAGCACUGCCAUUGUGAAGAGGGUGACAUCCCGUAUGGUGGUUACUGGCAGUGGUACCGUGUACAGGCUCCGAGGGUUCAUAGACAGGUCUAUGGUACUAGAACAAGGAUUCCACGCCAAGAUUGCGAAAGCCUUCAAAACUGGCUUCCCUGAGAAUUGGAAGGAGGUCCUUGAGGACAUUGCCAACAGCACCUCAGAAAAGUGA